GUAGAGCAACAACGAGGAAGAAUGAACGCUAAUAAGUUGAAGCAAUACGGUGAAGAUCAAUGGAGGGCGAAACCAGAUAAACUGAACGCUGAACUAUUUGUUAUGACUUAUGGUGCGUUGGUGAUGCAACUUGUACAGGAUUAUGAGGAUUAUAGCGCGGUUAAUAAAGAACUAGAUAAAAUGGGAUACAACAUUGGUACACGCCUUAUCGAAGAGUUCUUAUCAAAGAAUCCUGAAGUAAAAUGCAAGAACUUCAACGAUACAGGCGAGGCAAUAGCCAAAGUCGGAUUCAAAACCUUCUUGAAUAUAACACCAGAGGUCGUCCACAACGGUAGUAACGAAUUUACGCUCGUGAUAGAAGACAACCCCCUCAAUCAGUUCGUUGUCUUACCAGAUACAGCGAUAAGGGAGGGUCUCCUAUACUCUAAUGUUCUCGCUGGAUGCAUAAGGGGGUGCUUAGAGAUGAUAAAUAUAUCAACGACAGUCGACUUUCUCUCAGACGAGCUUCUCGGUCAGGAAUCCACGGCGAUAAAAGUGAAACUCAUAAAAUAUUUAGAAGAACAAGUACCAAGUGAUGAUAUGUAAAGGUAUAUAUAUAAUAAUUAAGCGACGACGCAACAUCCGCCGCCUUGUGGUGCGUAUGGAUCUUCUCUCUUAUCGACAGGUCCCCAGAUGGAUGGAAUUAAGUGAUCUUUCGUUGAUUUGCAGUAUCUGAUCAAGCCCUGACUCGCUUCGCUCACGUUUAUCCUAGGCCUAGCGUAGUCGUCUUUCAAGCGUUGGUUGUGCUCGUUCAACCUUCUCAGCUUGAGUUCGCUCAUACUCUGCUUGUGUGGUCUGCCACUCAUAGUUCACUCCUGACUGUA